UUUGUAACUGUCUGAGGACCCCCCACCCCCAGCUAAAGCUUACCAAAAAGUUAGAAAAACUUCCUCCCAAGACAGAACUCGACCGCAACUUCAGCAAACUCACUCCCCUUUGAAAUCGGAUCCUGUGCCGGAGUUGGAAAGUCAGCGCUGGCUUUGAGUUUUCCUUUUUCGGGCAAGAUUUAUUCCGGACUUUAUAACAAUCUAUAGUCCCCCCACUUGUACAUAUGUCCCUCUCGUCCUCAUUACCCUUACUGAAAAUAAGAAUGGAAGAAGGUUCGAGUCCACCCGUUUCCCCGGUGGAGAGCUUGGCAACCAGUGAGGAGGAGUUGUUGGAUAGACAACACAGAAGGUUUGGGAGGAAAAGAAGAUUCAGCAAAAAAUCUAGUGAUGAAGGAAGCCUCAGUCCUGGCAAGAGAAGUAAGAAGGCCAGCCCCAGCUGUCAGUCCUACGAGGAGCUUCAGAGUCAGCGGAUCUUAGCAAAUGUCCGAGAGAGACAGAGGACUCAGUCCCUCAAUGAAGCGUUUGCAUCCUUGAGAAAGAUCAUCCCCACUUUACCUUCUGACAAGCUCAGUAAAAUCCAAACCCUCAAACUUGCUUCCAGGUACAUAGACUUCCUCUACCAGGUCCUGCAAAGCGACGAGAUGGACAAUAAACUUUCCAGCUGCAGUUAUGUGGCCCACGAGAGGCUGAGCUACGCCUUCUCCGUGUGGAGGAUGGAGGGAGCUUGGUCCAUGUCUGCUUCCCACUAGCAACCGGGGGUCCGACCUACGCAGCGGAGAGACGACUGUCAAGUCUCCUGAGCAGUGAAAUGGCAUUGGGAUGAACCAAAGAAUAUGGCCCUAACCUAACUGACCUCAUUCAGAUUGGUCCAGAGGACUCCAGAUGAUUUGUUUCACUCUCUGCUUCUAUGGAGCACUUAGACCAAAGGAGAAAAUUGAGAAAAAAACAAGCUGUACAACUUAU